AUGUCUACAAGCACAAACGGCGCUGCGGCGCCCAAGAAGUCAGCUGCGCCCGAAAAGAAACAGGUCAAGAUCCUCAUGAUUCACGGAUUUACACAAAACGGCCCUCUGUUCCGCGCCAAGACGCGCGCGCUAGAAAAGGCCCUUACCAAGCUCCUCGCACCCGUGUCACUCGUGCCGCAGCUGCUGUACCCGACGGGCCCGAUCCGGCUCAAGGCCAGCGACAUGCCCUUCUACGAGCCGACUGCCGACGGCGACCCGGACUACGAGCCCGAGACGUACGCGUGGUGGCGGCGCAACGACGCCACGGGCCAGUACGCCGGCAUCGACCGCGGCAUGGCGACCCUGGCGGGCACCAUCCGCGAGGCCGGCGGCGUCGACGGCGUCAUCGGCUUCAGCCAGGGCGGCUGCGCGGCCGGCGUCGUCGCGGGCGCCCUCGAGAGCGCGCGCCGGCCGCUACCCGACCCGGCGGGCGCCGUCGACGACGACACCGAGGCCUGGGCCGCGGCGCUGCGCUCGGCCAACGGCGGACGCCCGCUCAAGUUUGCCGUCGUCUACUCGGGGUUCCGCGCCGCGGAUCCGGGCAUCGCCUGGCUGUUUGCGCCCAAGAUUGCGACGCCGACGCUGCACGUCCUCGGCAGCCUGGACACGUCCGUCGACGAGGCCCGGAGCCAGACGCUGAUCCAGGUGUGCGAGGACCCUCUGGUCGUCACGCACCCUGGUGGUCAUCAUGUGCCUGUCGCCAAGGAAUGGGUUAUGCCCUUGGCCGGCUUCAUCAAGCAGCACGUAUAUGACAAGGAAGUCAAGUCGGAGCUGUAA